AUGCCCCAUGCGAGCGAAGACGGAGGCGCGGCCGGCGAGGACGCGUGCAGCUCGGACGAGCUGAUCGUGUUCAAGGACGAGAACGGCGGCGAAGACGUAGUCAAGCGUUCUUCCGAUAAAGUCACCGAGGAGAAGUCCGACCUGAUCGACUUGUCAGAAUCUGAGAAAGUCAGUUCAAACCAUCGAUGUUCUCCUGUAAAAACCAGCAGUUCUACUCCUGAUCUCAACCGAAGUAAACCAGGUCCAACUCCCCACCCACCUGCUUUCAACAUGGGCUAUCUCGUUGCACCUUAUCCAUCGCCCUACACGAACGGCACUACGUCUGUGUCAAUGGUAAGUCUUAAACUUUUAUAUUUAACUUUAUUGUAA